AUGCUUCGAAUGUUUUUCUUAGGAAACCCUUUCAAGUUGUCCAAGGGAGGCGAACGCAAAGCUGGAAAGGGGGUGCUGCCACUAAAGAACCCGGCCCGACAGACACAUCGGGCAUCUAUCACCUCCCGGGCCGGACGGGCUGGGGGAGGGGGCUGCCCGCGGGGCUCACCCAAGCCAGGGCUCGCUUACUCGUUGUCAGAAGUCGCCGUCUCCUCGCUCAUCUUUCCCUCACCGUGUUCCGCACAGGAGAUGGAGGAGCAACAGCAGGCGGGGAAGCAGCGGCAGCGGCGGCACCGAGGGGCGGCAGGCGGCGGCGGCGGCCGGCGGGGCGCGCAGGCAGCGGCUCGGGGGCCUCACCAUGGUGGACGCCUCACCGGGAGCGGCGCCCCGCGAGCCGGGCAGCCCGGCCACCCCCGCAGGGGGGCGGCGGCAGCGAGCGCGGCCGUGGCGACCCCAGCGGUUCGCUGCGCCGAGGCCGGGUGCGACGCCGAGACGGCGCGGGCGGCUGCGGGCGCUGGAAAGGAACGCGGCCGGCGGCUGAGGCGGUGCUGCUUGCUCUCUCAGGGGCGCGACGACAGGAGGGCGACGGGGGCCGGCGGGGGGCAGCCGAGCGCUGGCUGCGGGCGGCGGCGCGGUCCCGCCGAGGUGCCGCGCACCAUCUCCCGCCUGGCCGCCGGCUGCCCGCGCGGCGCGCCCGGUCGGCCCUCAGGGGCUCCCCUCAGACGCGCUCCAGCUGGGGGUGGCGGGCAGGGCGCGAAGCGGCCGUCCGAGCCCGAGGGCACAGCGCCGAGCGGCGGCGAGCAGGGCCGAGACCAGCGCAGCUCCGCGGGCCCGCUCCUCACGCCCGCGAGAGGGGAGCCGCGAGGGGGGCGGCGGAAGCUCUCACGCCGCCCGCUCCUUCCGCCGCGCGAACCGGGGGCGCCCGCGGGAGAGGCAGGCGAAAUAGUCCCUCGCGACUUCUGGGGCGGCGGGGCUCGCGCGGGAGCCGGCGGGAAGGCGGACGUGGGGCGCGGCUGCGAGCGGGUGGCGCGGGGCCUCCGGCGAGGUGGCGGGGCGGGAGGGGAGAGACCUAAAAGCCAGGGCCCGCAGGCGAAUCACUGCAGCUCGAGAUCGUGGGCAGCAUAACAAGUUUCCAAAAAGUAGUUCCCUCCUCCCCUCGCUUCCCAAAUCGUCGGGCAGAGGGAGCGGGGCGAGGAGGGCGGCGGAGGGAUAUACCGCUGCACCGCGCGCGUGUGCGUGCGCGCGCUCCAAACUCUUGGCACGCCGCGAAAGGGGGCGGGGAUGGGAGCUCCGAGCAGAGCUGCUCCGGGACUGGCAUUGUUGCGACGCGCAACUCCCCGUUACUCGGCCUGGAAUAUCCAGGUUGUCUGUGGAAGCAGGCGGCAUUUCGCCGGGUGUUCGGGGAAGAAAUCCGAAGGCCACUCCGUUCUGCUCAGUGCGCGUGCACGCGCGCGUGUGUGUUGUGUUUUCCUUGCAAAGAAUGGAACUGGCAUGAGUUCAUCUCUAGUUAGUGGGGGUUACAGGCCGGGACUGCAAAGCGAGCUCCUCCUGCUGUCCCUCUAGUUGCAUUGCUGCAGUCCCCUUGCUGCUUGCACGGAGAGAGAAAGACUAUGAGUGAGUGUGUGUGUGUGUGUGUGUGUGUGUGUGUGUGUAGAAAGAGUUGAUUUCAAUACCUCGCGGCGCUAUUCUCGCUGCGCAAACAGCAUGCAAUGCAAGGCAUUCAUCUCUGAAAGCCCGAGUGCUUGUUAAUGGAGAACGGCUUCCAUUGAAGCCCAGGGUAGGCGGGUUACAUGAAUCUGGCGCAUCCAGCAGCACAGGAAAUAACUCCCGCUGCGAGUGAGGUUGCAUAACUAUAGCGCAGGAGAUGCCUGUGUGGCACGAACUCCGCCGAACGGAGGCGGAACGAUUGUUGGAUAGGCAGCUGUCAUGUUUGCAUUGUCAGAGGACAAUGUAGGCAGUCAUCCCAAAAGGUCUUUUUUUCUUAGGAGCCUUCUAGGAUUGAGGACUGGAGCCUGGGAUCUUUGUGACAGAAGGGCUAGGAACUCCUGGCUCUAUAAAUUCUAUUAUCUCUUCUCUAUCUACGAAGUCAGCCUAAAUACUAGAUGGCCUGGGAGACUGAAUCCCAAGCGCUCCCAAGUUCCUGUCGCGUCCCUCCAGGCGGUUCUGCUCGAGGCUUCUCACUUUGUUCUCAAGUUUACUUGACCUCCAGGGAAGGAAACUUGCGGCUCCAGCCACCUUGAGGGACAGAACAAUUCCAGAGAAGAAGAAAGAGAGAGUGCCUCCCAAGGAAACCGACACUCUCCUGCCAAGGGUUUCCAGGAAGCCUCAGAAUUGCUGCUCUCCGGAUGAGUACACACCGGUGUGCUAACAGUAUUGUGCACAUAGGAGUGCCUAAGAACUGUUCAUCUUCCAAGCGAGGAAGGAGCAGUGGUGCGGAUGGGAAAGAGAAGUGCGUGGAGCCUGCGCUGAGAUCUCUACCCCUACCAUUUUUGAACCUGAUUGUGAUGUGAAGAACCUGACCGCGGGAGUGUUGGUACUAGUCUGCCCUCCAAGUAUUCUCACUAACUAGCUUUGCCCACUUAAGUUUAAAUCAGUCUGGGCCUGGCUGGCAAUUCCCCAAAGGGGGGAGGGGGAGGAAAUGAAGCCGGAGAAUUGCAAGUUCAAGGUCUGCCAGUCUGGUUGAUUUAGCAAGACUCUCAAAAUUUAAAUUUAAAAGAAGCCAACGAUCUAGGGCAGGUGUAGAGUACCCGGGUGGGGGUGAGGGAUACCUGAGGCCCUGGGCUAAGUCCUCAAUACCGAGGCUGGAGGGAGUCUGAGUCAAGUCUAAUCUCUCAAAGACUGUUCUUAAGUCACUUAAACUCUGCCUGUUGCUGUGGGGCUAACAGCACCUAUUUCACGGAGCUCUACGUGGGUUACUGGGAUUGCAACACACGCAAAGAAUUUAGAACAAGUUGUGGCACACACCUUUAAUCCCAGCACUCAGGAGGCAGAAGCAGGCGGAUCUCUGUGAGUUCAAGGCCAUCCAGGGCUACACCCAGAGAAACCCUGCCUUGAAAAACAAAACAAGCAAAGAAGAACUGAGAUGACAGUCGAAGUUGAUUGCUUAUCCAGCUCUCACUGUGAUUCUGUGAAACUAAGCUGUAAAGCCCACGGCAGAGUGCCGGCGUGUAAAGUCAGAUGUGAGGCUCUCGGUAUUGUCCAGUCAUUCACAGACAACCAUCCAUCUUCUUCCCCGUGUGCCCCAAAAGACACGCGGCCUGGCCCUCCUUAGGCCAUCAGCAGUGAUAACCAUCAGAGUUACAAUGCAGGGCAAAGGUGGCCAUUUGCAGGGCUGCUUUUCCUUCUGAGGAGGUGCAGCUGUCUGAGGCUCCUGUGCAGCAAGCACAGAGAUACUCAGAACCGGCUCUGGGGGAAGAUGAGAAAACUGGCUUUGUUUAGCACACACCAAGUCAUGUGCUCUCCAUUUCCACAGAGAGAGCCUAACUGAAAGACUCAAAAUGUGGUCAACAGCCUGAAGUGCCGCACCACAGCUUAUUCUGUGCCCUUUGGACAAGACGCAGUGGGUGGUCAAGCCAUCAACUCCUUUUAGUUAGGGUUCGUCUGUGUCCAUUUUAAGAGGAUAUUUGUAGUUCCCACCUCUUACCAGUAGUUGUUAUAUGUGUGUGGGUGUCUCCCUGGUCUAGGUCCAACCUAUAAUAAAAUAUAUUUUAAUAUUA